AUGAUUUCCGACGCCAGUGGUGUUGUGGUGAUGGCGGGAAUGACCGUGGUGCUUGUGGUUGAGGUUGUUAUGGUUUCAGGCGCCAGUGGUGUUGUGGUGAUGACGGGAAUGACCGUGGUGCUGGUGAUUGAGGCUGUUGUGGCUUCAGGCGCCAGUGGUGUUGUGCUGGUUUCGGGAACGACCGUGGUGCUGGUGGCUGAGGUUUUUA